ACCGACAAUGAUUCAGUUCGACAAGAAAGAAAGACCAUUGCACUUGUACUUUGAACAUCUCCUAGGCGGAGACAUCCGGACAAUGCAGGCCCUUGGAUUGUAUUCCAUGGGCAGUAUUCUCAAGCAUGAUAAACCCAAAUGGUACUUCUGGGAGGUAAUACCAGUGAUCAUGGUCAUACCAGGAUUAUGCUUUGGCUUGGCUUGCAAUAUGCGUAACAUCUUUGAUAUUAUAAAAACUGAUUACAUGGUAACUAUUGAUUUCGCUGCUGCUACGUUCAGCGCUGCAUUAUGUACAUUUAAAGGCUUUCGGCUGUGUGCUUAUCGACGUGAAUUUUACCAGCUGAUAAAAACGUUCCAGAUUUAUUGGAAUGUUCAGGUCUCUCGUAAUAGGAUCACACGAGAUAUCGUGGAAAUUGCGAGAUUAACUCGGUUGUUUAGGAUUUAUUAUAGUACUGUGGUGAUCAUAGCUUUUUCAGGAUACGUCAUUCAGCCGAUAGGGCAAUACUUCCUGAGUCCUUCGCCUAAAUUGAAUGGUACCGUUGAGUUUACGAAAACUGUCUAUCCAGCUCGUUAUCCUUUCAUUUUAGAUUCGGCUCCAGCAUUUUUUCUCUGUGUACUCUUAGAAACUGUAGGAAUGUAUUUUAUGAUGCUGCAUUGGCUAGCAACAGAUGGAGUUUUCGCCCAAAUAACAACGCAUAUGUCGCUUCAUUUUCAAGUAAUUUCGAAUCGAAUUCGUGAUAUAUGUCCUAGCACAACGAUGUCGCCCUUGAGAACAGCUAUAAUAUCGAAACGCUUGAAAACAAUUAUCGAAGAUUAUCUAGAAUUGUUCAAACAUGUCAGAGUUCUAGAGGAGUUGUACGAUCCAAUAAUGUUUGCCACUGUCUUGAUCAACGGACUAGUUCUUUGCACUUGUCUGUUCAGCAUCGAAUAUAGCCGGGGGAAAAAUAAUUGGAAGGACGUUGAAAAAAAUAUGGUGCACGCAUUUGGAUUAGCUUUGCAAACUUUGAUGUUCUGUACUUGUGCUGAACGAUUGAACAAUGAGAUUGCGGGAAUUCGUCAAGCAAUUUAUGACUGUCCCUGGACUUCAUUUAGUUCACCGAUAAAAUAUUCCAUUCUCCUGAUAAUGACACUGAACUCACGUGAAUACGUGUACUCAACCUACGGUUUUAUUCAGCUGAACAUGCCGCAAGUUACCUUGAUUUUUACUGCUGCCGUGAGAUACUUCACAGUGUUGAGAAAUUUCGGAUGAACAGUCACCCCAGGAGAGAGAUAUAGCGGCUGUUGCGUGGGAGAUCAUCCCGACAAUUUGUUCUCAACUCCGAUAUUCAACAUUGUUAACGCCAUUACUCUAGUUAC